AAAAAAGAGGAGCAUGUCUCGUGAAGCGGCUGGAAUUUACACCCAAAGCGGACCAGCAGUUAAAGCGCAAGACCGCGUGCACCAGAAGCGUUUUUCUACACGCUCUCCUCUAGGGGAUUCUUGUGAGCUGCUCAGAAACCGCCUUUAGAGACAUGGUUAACAAUCCGUGCGCAUUCUAUUGUUGCUAAUUAAGUUUUCCUUAACAGCACAGUCAUCACAUCACAGUUAACAUUAAUGUAGUGUUAAUUCGUAUUAUUGUUUACGUUGCAUUUGCUGCUAGCAGUUCUAAAACAGCUUUAAGUAGACUGCUUUAGAAAGUGUGCUUUCUCGGUAACUUUAACGAACGAACUGUUUCUCUUGACAGUGGCUUAUUUGCUGCAGCUUAAUGUUUUUUUCGGGGUUAAGUAACUCGUUCAUUGUGAUAGGUAACGUUUUAUUUUAGCUUUGAUUUCCCUGAGAAGACAGUGCAAAGAGGUGGAGGUCUCGUCUCGUUAGCCGUAUUAAUUAAAUAGGCUGCAUCGUGCAACCGCGGCACUUUCAUCCGAAGCCUUUUCUUUUUUUAGGGUGUUCUUGUAAACGGUGUUUGGUACUAAUGCUCCCGGUGCUUCUCCACUUCUACAAGUAGGCUAGCUCUGCCUGGUCCGUCUUUCUCGAAAGAUUCUCGCGUAACGUGUUUACUUUGCAUUUUUUAAAGGUUGCGUUGUGAUUUAUGAUUCUUUCGUAAAGCACAGAUAACCUAUAAAAUAGUAUUCCUUAAUUUAGGCUAUGUUUUUGAAUAGCUGCCUAAACAUUUACUAAACACAUAUUUUCAUUUAUGUUGGUGUUAGUUCAGUGACACACACAAUGUUCAUUUGGAAAGACGUAUUUCAAUAGCACAUCGGGUAUUUAUCAUCGCUGUCGUACCGCUUUUUUAUGUGCACGUGUAGCCUGCUAAUAAACAUCAAGGACAAUAAAGGCACGCGUAUAAUAGGUUUCUCAUGAAAUAUAUAGUCCACGACUGUGCUUCUGUGGUGACAUGGAACGAAUAUGACCGUCACCAUUGCGCGUCCACUGUGCAUUUCUGUGCAAUCAGCGCGCCAAGCGGGGAUAAAUUAGACUUGACGCUGGAAGUACCACGGCUUGACAGCUGUCAUCCACGAGCACGGGUGGCCGACAGGAAGCGGGCUCCACGCCGCUCCCGCCAAGCGUUCGCUGCGCUUCUGGUGUAAUUCCAGGUGUAAGUGUCUCACAGAACCGCGAGCAGAAUAUACCUUGCCCAAUGGAUGACCGCUAUUCCUCAAAAUUGUCCCCUGUCGUGGACUACGGAGCCGGUGCCUUCCUCCUGGUCGUGGCCAUGUUGACGUUGGUGGGGAACGUGCUGGUCCUCAUCACGGCAUUUAAGAGGCGGAGAUACAUGAAGCCCCCGGAGCUGCUGAGCGUGAACCUGGCGGUGACGGACCUGGGCGCGGCGCUCACCAUGUACCCCCUGGCCAUCGCCUCAUCCUGGAGCCACCGCUGGGUGGGGGGGCACCCCGCCUGCCUGUACUACGGCCUGAUGGGAUUCCUCUUCGGCGUCGCCAGCAUCGCCACCCUCGCCGUCAUGGCCGUGGUGCGGUUCAUCGUGUCCCUGAGUGUGCAGUCUCCCAAAGAGAAGAUCAGCAAGAGGAGCGUGCACGUGCUGGUGGCGUGCACGUGGCUGUACGGGCUGCUGUGGGCGCUGCUGCCCCUGCUGGGGUGGGGGCGGUACGGGCCGGAGCCCUUCGGGACGUCCUGCACGCUGGCCUGGGGCGACCUGGGGCGGCACGGCCCCUCCUUCGUCUUCGCCGUGUUCUCCCUGGUCUUGGUCCUCCCCGCCGCCGUCAUCAUCGCCUGCUACUUCGGCCUGGCGCUGAAGUUGCGGCUGGCCUACAGGUCCGUCAACAACAGCGGCCGCAUCCCCAACGUCGUCCGGACCCAGCGCAAACUGGUGCUCAUCGCGGUGCUGGUGAGCGCGGGGUUUGUCGGCAGCUGGACACCGUACUCGGCGGUGAGCCUGUGGUCGGCGUUCCACCCCGGCGACGCCCUCCCCGCCGUGGUGGCGCUGCUGCCCUGCCUCUUCGCCAAGUCGUCCACUGUCUUCAAUCCGCUGGUGUACUACCUGUUCAGCAACACCUUCCGGACCGAGGUGCGCAGCCUGUUGUGGGCGUGCCGGCAGGCCGACGCGCUGGCGGACCGGGACGGCGAAUACGGCGCCGACGACCACCACCGCCCCUACGCCACGCGCGACCGGGGCGUCGCCCCGCGCGACCAGAACGGGGGGGGGCGCCUCCUGCCCCCCUGCGGCGACACCGAGGAGAGCAGAGCGGACUUUUCCAGCCUGGCGCCGGCCGCCAUCGCCCAGUCGGCACGCCGCCCGGAAGGACCCGGAAACAGGAAACUGUGACGUCACUGACAGACAGACCUGGUCCCCCCCAACCCCCCCCCCCCCCCGUUUCAUCAACUCUCUUCCUGGAUUUUAGGGUGGGGGCAGAGCAGGGACGGGGUCAGGACAGAGAGACAGGAAGAGAGGACGGUCCUCACAAGAACUCUCCUUGUCUGCUCAUCACACGGGGACCCUUCAAGGGUGCAGCACCAAAUCUGGGCUUCUGUGCAAAUACAGUCCGC